AUGGCCUUCCUUUUCAAGUCAAAGAAGCAUCCAGAGAGGUCGCAACCCGCUAGCCGUGACGCAGGCUCUGGCUCUCAAGGGUCUAUACAAAGUACCGGCGGAGGCACUCGCGUUGCUGAGAAGAAUGCCGUCCAACAGCGCGGAACUCCCACAGGGCAUCGUGCAACUCCUACAGGAAGCCUGAACUCGAUCGAACAUGAGAGCAGCAAUGCAAGCCCCGAUAAUGCCCCUGUUCAAGGACAUGCACAUGCACAUGGACAUGGUCGCCGUGGUGGAAGUGCUGACCAGCCAAUCCAGCAAUCAAGCGAUGUUGCCGCUCGAAAUGGCCCCCCAGUGAGCGGCCCAAAUGCGUCGCUAUACCCUUGGUCGCAGCGCCGAUUAACCUACACUUCUACCCAUCCUUCGCCAUUCCCGCGGUAUGGCGCUGCAGUUAACUCUGUUUCUUCUAAAGAAGGCGACGUAUAUUUAAUGGGCGGCUUGAUCAACGGAUCUACCGUCAAGGGCGAUCUGUGGAUGAUUGAAGCUGGUGGUAAUAUGGCAUGCUACCCCUUGGCAACAACAGCAGAAGGCCCUGGCCCGAGAGUGGGACAUUCAAGUCUGCUUGUUGGUAACGCAUUCAUUGUUUAUGGAGGCGAUACCAAGAUCGAUGAGUCUGAUACUCUCGAUGAGACACUUUAUCUUCUUAACACAUCAACGAGACAAUGGUCCCGUGCGCUUCCUGCUGGGCCCAGGCCGUCAGGUCGAUACGGUCAUUCACUCAAUAUUCUAGGGUCUAAGAUAUAUGUUUUUGGUGGUCAAGUGGAGGGUUUGUUUAUGAACGAUCUAUCUGCAUUCGAUCUUAACCAGCUUCAAAUGCCGAAUAAUCGUUGGGAAAUCCUUGUCCAAGGCGAGACAAGCCCCAAAAUGCCCGCGCCCCGAACUAACCACACUAUGAUCACUUACAAUGACAAGAUGUACCUUUUUGGUGGUACAAAUGGUUUCCAGUGGUUUAACGAUGUUUGGUGCUACGACCCAGCAGCCAACAAAUGGUCUCUAUUCGACUGCAUUGGGUAUAUCCCAGCGCCGCGCGAAGGCCACGCUGCUGCUCUGGUGGACGAUGUCAUGUACGUCUUUGGUGGACGAACUGAGGAAGGAACGGACCUUGGCGACCUUGCAGCAUUUAGGAUUUCGUCUAGACGAUGGUAUACGUUCCAAAACAUGGGGCCUUCCCCUUCCCCUCGCUCUGGACAUAGCAUGACAACAGUUGGCAAAUCGAUCGUGGUCCUUGGCGGAGAGCCAAGUUCAGCAACUACAACUGUUAGCGAUCUGGGCCUUCUUUAUGUCUUGGAUACCUCUAAGAUCCGAUACCCAAAUGAUGCGCAGCAGGCGCCACAGCCGCGAGUUCAAGGCUCACGCAGACCCAGUGCUGCGAGCGACGGCAGUCGUCCGUAUCCUGCACGAGAUGGUUCAAACGGACCGACGGAUUCAAGAAAGAUGAUUAUAGGAGGAGCUUCUGCUCCACCAAAUGGACAACGAUCACCGCCUAACAACACUGAUGUCGAAGGUCCUCAAUCUGCCCUUGCAAACGGUAAACUUCCCAGAGCCUCAGCAAUGCCUCCAUCCGGGCCGCCUCCCCAAGGACCAAUGCCUGCUAGGCCCACGGUAGAUGUAUCUGCUGUUGCGCGAGUCAGAGGACAGUCUGCAGAACGUAGCGGCUCUUCAAAUUCUCCAAGAGCAAUGCAUUCCGGCUCGCCGAUCACAAGAGAAGUGAUUAAUGAGAUUGAAAGUCCUAUAUCAAACGGCCAACGAACACCUGUACAACCACCGGUACGAGCUGGUUCCAGACAGGACCAAGUGAACGGGGACAUACCAAAGGCAAAGCAGCCUCAGCAACCUCGUAUCCUAGCCUCAACAGAUGGGCCAUCAGAAACUUUGCCCAAACCGACAGUAACACCUCGCCCUGCGUCGCCACCAGCCCCAACAAGACAGCCAAGUAAUCCCAUGGUUUCCAGACGAGCGUCGGGAAGGAAUUCGCAAACAGUUGUCCUUCUUAAGGAGCUGGACUCUGCUCGAAAUCGAAAUGCAUGGUACGCAUCCGAGUUAGAGCUUGCACGCAAGUCUGGAUACGUCCCGAACACUUCGUCUAGCAUCCUGCUCGAUAACAAGGCCACCGAAACCUUCGAUGACGAGGACCGGCCGCUUAUUGAGGCUUUGUUGGCAAUGAGAACAGAACUUGCCAAUGUCCAGAAUUCUGUGGACAAGCAAGCCGUUCUUGCAGCGAAGCAAAUCGCCGAAGCAGAGAAGCAACGGGAUGCGGCCAUCCAGGAAGCUGUUUAUUCCAAGGCCAAGCUUGCUGCUCAUUUAGGUGGAAGCUCGGCAAGCACACCGCAGCUUGAUGGCCCCAGAGAUGAUUAUGAUAGUCGGUCUGGCGAGUUUAGCAGAAAGCUUGCUUCUGCAUUGCAUGUUCAGAAAGAUCUUCAGUCUCGACUUGAUUCCGCUAAGAGCGAACUCGAAUCCGAGAAGAAGGCAAGGCAGUUAGCUGAUGACACCUCAAACGCAGCUCAAAAGCGCAUGGCAGAGCUUGAAAGCUACAAGCAGCAAACAUCAACAGAGGUUGAGCGCCUCAAAGCCGAGUUGCACCUCGCACAGCAUGACGCGCGGGAGCAUUCAGUUGCCCGGGCUGAGAUCGUGGCUGCUGUUGAACUCCUAAGUAUUGAAAAGAGCGACAUAGAGCAGAAGUAUCAAGAAGCCGUCGGAAGCUCUAAGGACCAUAGUGAUACGUUCGGGUCCCUUCGAGCUGCUAUUGUAGCAUCCGAAGACUCGACAGCUCUUCUGGAAUCCAAGCUUGCGGAAGAACGAACCCAACGAGAGAAGAUUGAGACACAGCUCAACAAACUCAAGUUUGAACACGAGGCUCGUACUGCUGAACUUGUAGCUACCACUCAGCGACUACGUGAUGCGGAGGAACUUUCGGAAAAACAUGCGGCUGAGGCUCGAACAACUCGCCAAGCCGUUCUUGCAGGCCUUGACAAGAUCUCGGCUCGAGACGUCUCCGGGGUUAGCAAGGCGGACACUGAGCGCCUUGCUGUGCUACAGUCUCAGCUCGCUACUUCGAACGAACUUGUCAAGAAAUACCAGCAGGAGUUGGAAGCAGCAGCUGACAAAUUGCGUGGUGCCGAAGAACGUAUUGCCGGGCUUGAGCAGUAUCAAGAACAGUCAAGUCGAGAAGGUGUCACCAUCAGGAGACAGCUGCAGUCUGCUCUGCGUGACACGCAAAGUCUACAGGCAGCCAAUACCGAUCUCAAGAACCAAUUGGCUGCUCAACAACUCGAGACAAAUGCUAUGUCGGUUCAGCAUAACGCACUCAAGGAUAUCCUCAGCGAACGAGGCAUAAGCCCUACGACUUCUAUUCGUGCUCGUACUCUACCUAACCAGCGAAUUGACUCACCCGACAUGAACCGUGCUCGAAAUCUCGAAUCCCAACUCGCCAACUCUUCUGCCGCCCAUGAAGAGACUAAGCAAGCAUUCGCCAUCCAAAUUCAAGAAUCAGAAGCCGCCUGGCGGGAGAAAUUGUCGCAGCUGGAAAGUGAUUAUCAGUCAGCAGUACACUAUGUCAAGGGCACUGAGAAGAUGCUCAAGCAACUCAAAGAGCAACUGUCUCGAUACAAGACCGAGAACAGCCGUUUGAAGACGGAGAUCGAGGAGCUUGAGGAUCGUGCUCAGAGUCAAGGAGCAUCUGCAUCGCCUGGCUGGGAAAGCGAGAAGGCACAACUGCAGACAAGAAUCCAGGGGCUUGAGAAAGAACUUCAAGAAUCUUCUACUCAUAUGGAGAAGCGCCUAUUAGUGCUUCAGACCGAGAUACAGGAUGCCAACAACCAUCGGGAAGCAGCUUUGAAGUACAGUGAAGAGGCCACACAGAAGCUGACCACCCAUCGCAAGGAUCUCGAGCAGCUGCAGUCUGAGAAUGCUCUUCUCGAGCAACGUGCAAGCGAUGCCGAGCAGAAGGUGGCUCUUCUUUUGGACCAAGUCGAACAUUCUGUCGACAACUAUCGCCGACGCAGCCGACAAGUGCCCAGCAUGAACUCCGAGAUGGCCGCUAGCGCCAAUGGUCUUGGCUUGGGACAUUCCAGACAAGAGAGCUCUGAGAGUGGGAGUGUCUAUGGACCUCCGAGUGGCAACCCAAGCGCAAGUGAGAAUGCUGGCGCAACUGGUAAAGGUGGCUUGGAAGCUAGAAACAGCGCGGCCCUGGACAGUCUUGCUAGCGAGCUCGAAACACUCCGAAGUCAGUGGGAGGCGACGAACAAGAAUUAUCGGCUGAGCACCAACUUCGAUUUUGAGACUGCUGCUGCGGCCAAGAAGGACCACGGUAAUGCUCCGGAGGUUGGCCUCAGCGAGAGCCUGGCGGAUUGGCGCAAGAGACUUGAUACGGAGGAUCACCACAGUGACGGAGAAAAACCCCGACAAUCCUAA